AAACGGUUGACUAUUGUGAGCGUGGUACACCUCCUUUACAAAAUUAAUGUUCUAUUUUGAGGAUUUAAACCUUGACUGCGAUAAAGGUCAUCUUGAAUUUUAUGACAAUGAGAAUUCGAAUAUUCGAGUUCAAGGACUAGAAUACGAUGUUUGUGGUAUGUCAAAGCCAGAAGGUGUAUAUACAGUUAACAGUCGAUAUAUCCGAAUCAAGUAUGUACCUGUGAAAAGCCAAUAUAUCUCUGACGUAUUCUCCAUUAUUAUAACAAGUUUUGGUGAUGAAGGAUCAUGUCCAAGUUAUGGUCAUGUGUGUGACAAUUCACGGUGUAUAGAUGAAGACAUUAAAUGCAAUGGUUACGAUUCGUGUGGAGAUGGUUCCGGUUGUGACCUUACAAAUGGUGUUGUUAUUGGUAUAGUCAUAGGAAGUAUUGUUGGUGUAGGGUUGAUCAUCAGCAUUGUCGUGUGUUGUUUUUGUUGCAUGAGACGCAGCAAGGGUACUUCUGGCACGGUGCAGAACACCGCUUCAAAUAUGCAGUCUAGUAAUCAGCCAAUGUACCCGGUGAAUCAGGGAUCACCUUACCCCACAAACAUGACGCCAUAUCCACCAUAUGCUGCACAAACAAACUUAACAAAUCAAGGUGUGAAUCAACCGGGCAGUAUUCGCCCUAUCUAUGGCUACAAUGAUGGUACAAAUUAUCAAUCAAAUCAAGCGCCUUAUGUUCCGCAUGAAGACACGAGUGGAUACCUGAGUCCAUCAGCCCCUCCGCCAUCUUAUGACGAAAUAGUGGCAAAUUCCGAGAAACACUAAUCCUUUUUUAAGAAACAAAUUCUAAAACUAAUAUAUUUGAAUAUUAAUUUUGUAUAAUACUUUUAUAUUAAUAUAUAAAUAUCAAUUUUGUAAAAUGUGUACAUUAUGAUGCCGUGGUUGUAAGCAGUCAGUUCAUUGAAAUGAUGAGGCUAUUAUUUGUUCAGUACAAGCGACAAAGAAAUAUUUUGACACGUACAGAUGUUCAAAAAGAAAUGAAGAUAAACAUCCAAUAGAGAUAUGAACAUAUUGUUUUGUUUUGUACUGCUUUCAACUUCUGUUUGUAUAUGACAUAUAAGCUAUUUCAGAAUGUUUGGAAAGGAAUAAGAACACAUCUUUUUAUCACCAAAGGACAUGCUUUACAGUGUCCAGUUGAGAAAUAGGCGCGUGAAUCUUUUCUAAGCUUUUUACAAUGUCUUUUUAUA